AUGUAUCUUACUCGGACUUGGUGCGUAGCGGAGCUCGUUACUGCCCGGCUGCACCAACUGGAUGCCACUCUCCUUGCCUUGCCUCACUUCUUCAUGCCCUCUGAUGCCUUCAUCGAUGAGUUCGAGAGCAUGGCUCAGAGCAAGAUCGAUCUUGCAAGCUGGGGCUUCGGUGCAGCAGACAUCACGGAGACCAUAAGGUGGCUAAGGACUCUGAGAUCCUUCACGCUUCAGUCGCCUUUGGGGCGAUCUCAAAUAACCGAUGUUGUGAAUUUUCUGACGGGAACUAGCAGGCCCUCCUCAGAAGUCGUUGAGUCGGACUGUCUGAUCCUUGCAGACCAAGAAUCCAUGGAGGCUGUUGCAACAGCCCAUAUCUUGCGGCACUUCAUGGCUCCCCAUGUCUUGCACCUCUGCAAUGUCUUGCCCAAAGUUCUGGGGGCCACAGACAAAAUCAAACGAACCACCCAGAGCCUCGACACGAGCAAUGUGAGCUAUCGGCCUCUGUUGCUGGUCAUGGUCUGCACGCAUGGCUGCUUGGUGUCCGGGCACAUGGUGGACUGGGUGCUCCAGGCCUACCGGGUCGCCUCCUCCUGCAACGUCCUCCCGGUGACGGCGGAGGACGGAUUUCAGAUCCCGCCGCCCACUGCGCUCCAGGAGCUCCAAAGGCAUCCCAAGGUCCAAAGCGCCCGGGACUUCCACGCGGCGCAGACCUACGUCAAGGUGCUGAAGGCCAUCUUCGUUCAGGUGGCGGUGCAUUUCCUGCCGCAAUCCUUCUCCGAGUCAAGUUUGGAACUGAAGGCCAAGCAGGUGGCUUCGAGGCUACAGAGAGAGCACUCAGCGAAUCUUAGCUCGCUGCUGGACAUGACUACGACUGGCUCGGAGACACUAAGAACUUUCUCAUCUGGGCAGCCGACGACACCUUUGAGAACUCUGUCUGUGGAGAGCGGUGUCGAUGACACGCUGGUAAUGAUGCAGACCAGCAUGGAGUGUUCACAGGAAGACUAUGUCGAAGAAGCUUUCUGA